GAUCUGCCCUAUUUCACAUACCUCGUGGAGCUGUGGGAUUGUUGAUCUCACAUCCUUCGGUGUUUCUAUUGUUAUAAUUCCUGUUCCCGAAGAAGCUUCGUGUAGCUGACUUCCAUUUGGCGCUGGGAAACUCACCUCCUUUAAACUUACUCAACCGUAACAUGGUCUGAUCCAGUGUCACACUAGACGUUACUUUGUACCCUCAUCCUAAUCGCCUCUCGACGACAACGAAAUGUUCGAGGUAUUGCAAGCCCAAGAUACCAUCUGGUCAUUGACGUAUGCUCUUUGCCUCGCGGUGGGGAUCUCUCGCGUUUCCAUUCUGUUACAGUCGUACCAGGCGCGAAGAGCAUUGAGCCAUAUACCGAACGUGGGUCAUGGAGGGAUCUUCACGUCAUACAUUACAUUCAUGCAAUACAUGAAAAAUGCGCGCUCAGUCCUGUGGAAAGGCUUUGAUCAAUACAAAGAAACAGGCCUUUUCAAGAUCCCACAAGCCGACAGAUGGAUUGUCAUCGCGACUGGUGAUAGUGUUGAAGAUAUUCGCGCAGCUCCGGACACGAGUUUAUCUCUUGAAGCUGCUAUGAUAGAUCUCUUGCAGUCGGAUUACACCCUAGGAAAGGAGAUUCGAAUGGACAUGUAUCACCUAGGUAUCUUUCGUGGCAUUUUAACCAAAAAACUUCCGGUGACUUGCACUGCGAUGAACGACGAAAUUCCGCUCUGCUUCAAGGACAUGAUAGACUCUCAACUAUCCUCUGACAACGAUUGGGCUUCCAUACCCGCGAAUGAUGUUUUCACCAAAUUCAUCUGUCGUGUCAUGAACCGGACUUUUGUUGGAGCUCCUCUUUGCAGAGACGAGGACUAUACCAACAUCAAUAUAUAUUUUGCUCACCACGUUAUGUUUGGGUCGACCAUCAUCAACAUAUUUCCAGAUUUCUUGAAACCGAUCGUUGGAGCGCUCUUUAAUAAAAUAUCCGGUCUCCAAAAACGGAUAGUUGCUCAUGUCGGACCCCUUAUCCGUGAGCGACGUGCAGUUGAGGCGGCGGGCAAAGAAAAACCUGACGAUAUGUUGAGCUGGUUGAUGGACGCUGCCCCGGCGGGCCAUCAGUCGGUCGAGUCGCUUUCACUACGUCUUCUGAAUGUGAACUUUAUGGCGUUGCACACCACCGCUAUGACCUUCACCCACGCCGUAUUUCACCUCGCUUCCAAAACAGAAUACAUUGGAUUACUGCGUACCGAGCUUGAACAAGAAUUGGGAACCAACGAUCCACAAAGGUGGGACAAGGAAAAGAUUGAGCGAUGCUGGAAACUCGAUUCGUUCUUGAAAGAAAGUCAACGUCUUAACGGACUCGGUGCUUUUUCUUUGCCACGGAAGUCUCUUACUCCCUAUAGAUUCUCGAAUGGAUGUGAGAUUCCUGCGGGAACGACUAUCGCGGCAUCUCCGGUCAUUGCUCAUCUAGAUCCAACCAUCUACGACGACCCAAGCACUUUUGAUGGUCUUCGAUUCUAUAAACUUCGAGAAAGUGCGGUCACACAGUCGGGGAUGGAUACUCCUGAUGAGAUCAAGUAUCGAUUGACAAGCACUGGUGCAGGAUAUCUUGGCUACGGCGGCGGCCGCCAUGCAUGUCCCGGUCGAUUCUUUGCAGCAUUGGAGAUCAAGUUGAUAUUCGCCUAUUUGAUCCUUAAUUACGAUGUUCGUACUGAGGUAGAAGGGGUUCGGCCGGACGACUUGUGGUUUGGACCAGUUUGUACCCCUUCCCGCUCUGGAAAAGUUCUUUUUAGACGUAGAGUCACGGUUUAGAAUUAGCCGACAAGAUUUAUUUUUACAGAGUGUUCUUGCUAAUUUGUGUCUUAUGGAUGCAUACAGUGUUUUGCGUGGGCG